CACUUGACAGUCUAUUGUACAUUCCCCUUACCCAGCCUUUCUGUUCACCUUCGUGACCGCAAUCUCUCCUUUUGCGGCGGCAUCAUUCAUUAUAGGCCUCUAUUGUCCGUUGGAGUUGCUGGUCGACCGACUAUUGAUACCCUGCUUUGACUAUUGAGGCCCGGCCGCCAGUUGCGUACCUUACUAUUGUUUAGGUAUCCAUGAAUACCUAGCUAGCAGUGCUUGGAUACACUCGUUCAGCAAUCCUGCCUCCACCAAACUAUUUCUCGAAGCGCCAAAACGCUUCGUUCCCGAUCACAUACUUGCCGGGAGUAACAAGUCACUGCAGUUUCAUUCGCUUCUACUGGGACUCUGAAUUCAAGAGAGCAGGACUCUCUUUUAGCGAGAGCUUUUUGGGCACGAAAGAGCACAAUUUUGCCAUCCAAAAAUGGGCAGGUUACGGGCAGCAUCUCGCUUGGCCAUCGUGGCUAUGGUCUUUGGCUCUGCACGAGCAGCUUCCAGCUACAGCAUCGUUGACACUUUUGACGCAAGCAACUUCUUCAACGAGUUCGACUUCUUCACCCAGGCCGAUCCUACCAACGGGUUCGUCCAGUACGUCGAUGCCGCCACAGCAGACCGCGAUGGGUUAGCAGGCUUCAGUCAAGGAGGCGUCUACCUGGGUGUCGACUACACCAACACAACCACCACAGGGCGCCAGUCGGUCCGCGUCACCUCAAAGAAGUCCUACACCAAGGGUCUCUUCAUCGCCGACAUAGCCCACAUGCCCGCCGGUGCGGACGGCACCGGCUCGUGCGGCCUGUGGCCGGCCUUUUGGAUGUUCGGCCCCAACUGGCCGAACUCGGGCGAGAUCGACAUCAUCGAGGGAGUCAACAGCCAGACGUCCAACUCGGUCACCCUCCACACGGGGCCAGGCUGCUCCGUCUCCAACGCAGGCUCGCUCGCCAGCACCAAGCUCCUCUCGGCCAACUGCCAGGGCAACCAGGGCUGCACCCAGACGACCGCCGCAUCCAACACCUACGGCGCGGGCUUCAACGCCGCAGGCGGCGGUGUGUACGCCCUGGAGUGGACCGAGGGGGCCAUCAAGGUCUGGUUCUUCCCGCGCGGUAGCUCCGCCGCCACGCAGCUCGCUAGCAGCAACUCGACCGCCGCCGCGCCGGACCCGUCGGCCUUCGGCACCCCGCUGGCGGUGUUCGACGGCGGAGCCAACUGCGCCAUGAACUCGCACUUUGCCAACCACAACAUCGUCUUCAACACCGACUUCUGCGGCGACUGGGCCGGCCGCGUGUGGAGCAGCGACGAGACCUGCUCUGCGCUGGCGGCCACGUGCGAGGACUUUGUCGGCGCCCACCCGGAGGCGUUCAGCCAGGCGUAUUGGUUGGUGAAUCAGGUGCGGGUGUAUCAGGCCGGUGCUGAGGGGCAGGAAGACACCCGGGCGAGAUUUGGGAAGGCUGGGGUUCGAGGGAGGAGAUGGAGGGCUUAAGGACGGAGGCGGGUG